UACGCUUUUUCAGCUGGUUAAAAUGGCUGUUGUUACUAAGGGGCCCACACUGUAUGAUUUCUUGUUGGAAGCCGAACUUUCACACUAUUUCAACCCCUUGAAAAAUGAUCUUAAAGUAACUUCAGUGCACCAGCUGAAAUACGUUGAAGAUGAUGAUCUGUUGCAGCUAGGGAUGGCUAAGCCAGAAAUGAGAAGACUAAGAAAGUACUUUCAAAAGUAUUGCCCACAAACUUAUUUACGUAAAUUUAAAAAGAUGAUUUUGCCAAAAAAUAAGGAUGACCCAGACAGGAACUCCAUCUAUUUCAAUGACAGCACCUCCGACAAGAACAACAUAAAAGUUCCAAGCAAACACAUAAUACCUAUGGACAACAUUGUCAUCAAUAAAGAAUUGGGUGUGGGGGAGUUUGGUGUUGUGCAGCAAGGUGUUUGGACAAAUGAAGAUGGAGAAAGGAUUCAGGUUGCAAUAAAGUGCCUUAGUGAAGAACGUAUGCAAAAAAAUCACAUGGAGUUCUUGAAAGAGGCAGCGAUAAUGCAUACAAUUGACCAUGAAAAUAUUGUGCGCCUGUAUGGUGUUGUUCUUGAAACAAGUUCCCUGAUGCUGGUGACAGAACUUGCACCACUUAGAUCCCUUUUGGAGUGCCUCAAAGAGCCUGCUUUGAGACAAAGUUUUCCAGUUAUUUCACUUUGUGAAUUUGCUCUUCAGAUUUGUGAUGGAAUGCAGUAUUUGGAAAACAAAAAACUUAUUCACAGAGAUUUGGCUGCAAGAAAUAUUUUAGUUUUUGCAAAAAAUAAGGUAAAAAUUAGUGAUUUUGGACUGUCUAGAGCACUUGGUGUUGGAAAAGAUUACUAUCAAACAAAUUUUAAUGUCAAUUUGAAGUUGCCAAUUGCAUGGUGUGCGCCUGAGUGCAUAAACUAUUUAAGAUUCACAUCAGCUAGUGAUGUGUGGGCUUAUGGUGUAACUUUGUGGGAAAUGUUUAGCUAUGGAUUUCAACCUUGGCCUGCAUUAACUGGCCAGCAAGUAAGCUUAAAUCUAUUCCUUGAAGCCAUUGAUGAACCAAACUUUCAACGCUUGGAACAACCUGAAUGCUGUCCGAAAGAAUACUAUGCGUUAAUGUUAAAAUGUUGGCAACAUGAUGCUAACAAGAGGCCAAAAUUUUCCGAAAUAUAUUUGAUUUUACCAGAGUGCAAACCAGAACAAGUUCAAGCAGUCCAAGAAUCAAUAGAGGUUGUAAAUGGCACAAAAUCCAAAAAAGAUUGGCUACAUUAUCAAACUGGAGAAGUAAUCACUGUUUUGGAUAAAAGGCCUUUACCAGAAAAUUCGAAUCUGUGGAAAGGUGUUCUUAAUAAUGGGAAAACUGGUUUGUUUAAUCCAGCUCAUACUGUUGCUUAUUUAGCUAAUUUUCCUACUAAUAGACCCAGUUUUUCACGUGCUGAUUCAAAAUCUGGAAUUUAUGCUAGUCGAAGGAGAUUAAGAACAGAUAUGAUAUCCAGGCCACAAGGUGACUUUAAGCAUACGGGACAUGUGGGUUUAGAUGGAGCAUUUUUUGGAGAUAUAUCAUUUUUAGGUGAAAAUUAUAGAGAAUUACCAAAGCAAAUAGUUACCCCUUAUAAACCUCAAGAUGACAAAGAAAAUGUUAGCCCAACACUUACAACAUUGUCAACCGAUUCGUCUGAUAAAAUUCCUCUAUUGAAAAAGUAUAGUGCUUCUGAUGGAAGAAGUGGUUCUUCAUUAGAUAAUUGGCCGGAAAUUGCACUGGAUCAAAAUGGAACUGAAACUUUAGGUCCUUGUACUCUUGAUGCACCUCCAAAAAAAACAAACAAAGAUGGUGAUAAAUUAAUCAACAUUACAGAUCAUGAGUAUCAUGAAAUCAGUGAUGAAGAGGACUUUGGCUUGAUUGAAAAUUCAAGAUUUGAUUCCCUAGAUUUUGGCCCAUCUCUUAUGGACGAAGUUUUCAAAGCUUUAGGAUCAACCAAACCAGAACUGAAUUUUGAAGAAGCACCUUCCAAUGACAACAACUCUGUAAUGAGUGAAAUAAUAGAGAUAACAACAAAGGUUGGAAGGAAUGGAUCCAAAAAGAAGCAUGCUUUGGUGAAACCUAUUUCUUCAGCUGAUGAACAUACCAUUGAUUCUGCAAUAGCAUUGUCAAAAGAACUUGCUAGCAAGAGUUUUUUAGAUCUGGAGAGUAGAUCAGAUAAUGAUACUCCUUUAGAUAGCCCCAAAACUCCCACAUCGCCAUUUAAAAGAAAGUUUUCUUUUAAAUUUAAGACUAGUCCAAAAGCUGAUAGGCGAAACUUCUCAGAGGAAGCUGAAGCAAUUCCAGAUAUACAAGACAUCAUCACAGAUGAAGCUAAAGAAGCUUAUAAUUCACUUGUGCAAAAGGGUAGUGGACUUGAACGGAGUGUUUCAUUACCUCCUACUGUUGCUCCAAAACCAACUAUCGAGAGCAGUCUGUCACGUUCUAGGCAACCUUUACCUGCCUCUAACCAUGCAACAGAUUCUUCAGAUCCCGAGUCAGAAGCAGUUGAUAAUAAUCCUCUUAGAAUGCUUAGGAGUGGAGUUCCAGUGCGUCCUAAAGUGCGUGGUAACAAACAUGGAAUUCCUAAUAGUGGAAGGGCUGCUACUCCUCAUACUGCAACAGUGGCACGGCUGGCUGCUAAUGCUGCUGCUAGCAAUGGUACUUCCUUAGUAAAUGGCACCAGAUCAACUCUUGGUUCACCACCCCCUCCUCCCCAAGCUCCUAAAACAUUUCCCAGGCCAAAUAUUGUGUCAAGGUAUGCCAAAGACCCCAGUGCUUCCAGCAAUUCUCCAAAAUCAGAUGACGGUUCAUCAGAUGUGAGAAAUGAAGACCAGAGUGACUCUUCAAGUACUAAUACAAAUGUCAGUUGUAGUGAAAGUUCAACUGAUGCUUUUCCUAAUCCACUGCCCUUACCACCUAGAGAUAGGACUAAGCCAUUACCUGUUUUGAAGCAUCAUCAACGAAAACAUCCUUUGGUUUUUCCCGGAGUAAUUAAUUCAACAUUGGACAGCUGUCGAAGCUUAGGAAAACAAAUUUCCUGCCCUGAUGUGCCAUCUCAAUCAUUUUCAUCGUCCUCUGAAAGCACUGAGCAUAGAUCUAGUGAUAUUACGCCACCACAAUCAGACUUAUCAUUGCUAGAUGCUGCAAAUUCAAAUCUUUCUAGUCUUAGCAGUACUGCUACAGUGUCUGUUACUAACAACACUGCAGUGCCUCCUCCUAAACCAGCAAGGACUUUUACUUUAGAUGAUUCCUUCGAAAAUGAAAUCCAAGCCGAGAUUGACAGUUUAGAUAAUAUUCCAGAGGAAGAAUCUCAGUUAAUGUAUAAGGGAGGCGACCACGUCAGUUGUGAAGAUCUUCUGGAAUUUGCCUUAGAUAUACCAAAUACACGAAGAACGCAAGGUCGUACUCGAGGAAUUGACUCUGAUGAAGUUAGAAUUAUGCAAAAAGUGUUGGCAAAAGAGAUUGUUACUCCGGAAGAAUGUCUCAUUGCUUUAAAUGAAACAGACUGGAACAUGCAUAAUGCAAUCAAGUACAUGCGUUUACAGUGUAUUUUGAAUUCACAUCUAAUUCCUGUUAAAAACCUCAAACAGACACUAGUGAAAUGCAGCUGGGAUGUGCGGCAAGCUGCUAACUACCUCCUCGCAACUCACAAUGUUAAUGAAGACACAACAGAAGUAUGACAAGUUAAAAGUUCUCAAUUUGAAACAAUUUUCUGCUUGAAAAAUGUUAUGAGCAUUGUUAAAAUUCCAUAGUUAUUAAUUAAUUCGUUCAAAGCUAAAGUGGAUCAAAUCGUUCAUGCACUUGAUCGGCUUCAGCAGUGAA